AUGGGAUCAGGUAGCUUACCGUCUCCUCCCGCCGAGGAUCAUAAGUCGACCCUCUCUCGAAAGAGCACGUCGUCAAGUUCCAAGUCUGUCAAGCCUGUGCACCGCACAUCCAAGAGAGCUAGCUCAAGUGCUGCCACAAUUCAUCACCACGACCAUGUCACACAUACAACUGGCAUGGACGGUCGACAUAAGCGUUGCGACGGUGAAUUUCCAUGCAAGCGAUGCAAAGAUGACGGUCUAGUCUGCACAGCUGGUGUACGAAAGAAGAUGGAAUACAAGCAAUUGCCCAGAGGUUACGCCGAAGUUCUCGAGAACACACAAUUCGCCCUCAUUGCUACUGUCCACAAGCUCUACUCAAUGGUCCGAAAUAACCAGUCCUGGGACCUGGGAGAGCCCGAACUCAACGACCGCGGCCAGCCCGUGAUCCACAACAUCGCCCAGAAGCUUGGCUGCAUCCGCCCCAACAGCGAUAUCGACCUCCCCGUUCACUCAGUAUUCCCUGAAGACGAAGCUGGUAUGGCUGAGUUGGCUCGACAGCUCGAGGACCAACAGAAGGAGCACGAACCUGCAAAGGAAACCAUCAAGGACACAGAUUCCUCCGUGUGCAACCGAACCGAGCGAGCGUCAUCAUCGGAGCUCGAUCACUCCGACUUUGAGCACGACUAUCGAAGGGCCGCCUUCGGUAACACCAAUGCUAUGACCCUCUCACCACAGAGCUUCACAGGCAGCGCCGACUUCGACUUUGCCCCUCCACCGCCCGAGAUUGAUGCUUCGAGCCUGUUCCCCUCGCAGUCACCCGCCAUGAGCAACUUUCCCGCCUGGACAAUGACCAAACCCCAGCCUAGCGACCUCACCAUGCAAUUCCUACAACAGCAACAACAAAAUGGCAUGAUGGCAAACAUGGACUUGUUAAACCAGGGCCUCGUCGAAUCAGAAUUUGGAACAAUCAAGCCUCACGUCCUGUCAUGUCCCAACCCCGAAGUUAUGCUGGGCAUGGGCGAUCCAAUGAUAUAUUCUGGCUACGACGGCGAACCCAUGCGACUUUGA